AGGCGCACCUCAGCGUUGCACACACAACCCCUCGAGGCAUUUGAAGCGGCGGCGGCGCGUCAGCAAAGCGGAGAUGAAGGUGAUAGCGGCGUACCUCCUCGCCGUCCUCGGCGGUAACACACGCCCCUCGGCUGGCGACCUCAAAUCCAUCCUCGAAUCAGUGGGCGCGGAGGUGGACGAGAAGAGGGUAGAUCUCUUCCUGUCGGAAGUCAAGGGGAAGGACCUCGCGGAGCUCAUCGCCGCCGGAAGGGAGAAGUUCGCCUCCGUCCCGUCGGGGGGCGCGGUGGCAGCCGUCGCGGUCUCCGCUCCGGGAGCCGGUGCCUCCCCGGCGGCCGAGGAGCCGAAGAAGGAAGAGAAGGUCGAGGAGAAAGAGGAAUCCGACGACGAUAUGGGCUUCAGCUUGUUCGAUUAAGGAGGCAGUGGUUGCGUGCUACUUAUCUUAGCUUUGUUCUCUUAUUCUUGCAUAAAAUGAGGAAAAUUUCGGAUGUAUGAAAGACUUGAAGAAGUUUAUUUGGGUUGAUUUUUCUGCAACUUUUCUCAAACACUUAAUCUUUGUUGCUUCCGUCGUCUAUUGUAUGCAUGAGUCGUGCGCAUUGAGAUUUCUUGUCUUCCAGCAUAAAUUCUUGGUUGGUAAUA